GUGUGGAGCGGAGUCGGGUCGGGCCGGCGGCGCCAUGGCCAAGCAGUACGAUAUGGUGGAGUGCCCCUUCUGCGAUGAGGUGUCCAAGUACGAGAAGCUCGCCAAGAUCGGCCAGGGCACCUUCGGGGAGGUUUUCAAAGCCAAGCAUCGUCAGACGGGCAAGAAAGUAGCGCUGAAGAAAGUGUUGAUGGAAAACGAGAAGGAGGGGUUCCCCAUCACAGCCUUGCGAGAGAUUAAAAUCCUCCAGCUGCUCAAACAUGAGAACGUGGUGAACCUCAUCGAAAUCUGCAGGACCAAAGCUUCUCCCUACAACCGCUGCAAGGGCAGUAUCUACCUUGUGUUUGACUUCUGUGAGCACGAUCUGGCUGGUCUCCUCAGCAAUGCCCACGUCAAGUUCACACUCUCAGAGAUCAAGAAAGUGAUGCAGAUGCUAUUGAAUGGACUUUACUACAUCCACAGGAACAAGAUCUUGCACAGAGACAUGAAGGCUGCGAAUGUCCUGAUCACACGGGAUGGAGUCCUAAAGCUGGCAGACUUUGGGCUGGCUCGCGCCUUCAGCCUGGCUAAGAACAGCCAACCCAACCGCUACACCAACCGCGUGGUGACCCUGUGGUACCGGCCGCCAGAGCUGCUCCUAGGGGAACGGGACUACGGCCCCCCCAUUGACCUGUGGGGUGGAGGCUGCAUCAUGGCAGAGAUGUGGACCCGCAGCCCCAUCAUGCAGGGGAAUACGGAGCAGCACCAGCUCACCCUCAUCAGCCAGCUCUGUGGGUCCAUCACGCCGGAGGUUUGGCCUAACGUGGAUAAGUACGAGCUGUACGAGAAGCUGGAUCUCCCCAAGGGCCAGAAGCGCAAGGUGAAGGACCGCCUCAAAGCCUAUGUGAAGGACCCCUAUGCACUUGACCUCAUCGACAAGCUGCUGGUGCUGGAUCCCGCGCAGCGGAUCGACAGCGACGACGCGCUCAACCACGACUUCUUCUGGUCAGACCCCAUGCCCUCGGACCUCAAAAACAUGCUGUCCACCCACAACCAGUCCAUGUUCGAGUACCUGGCCCCGCCGCGCAGGAGGGGUGGGCACAUGCCCCAGCAGCCGCCUAACCAAGGCAGGAACCCGGCUGCCACCAACCAGACCGAGUUUGACAGGGUGUUCUGAGCAGGGGCGGCCCCAGCGGGGUCCUGCUUGGGGGAAUCCGCAGGUUGCAUUGAGCAGGGAUCGUCCCAGUGAGGUCUCUGCCUGGGAAAGGACUUUCUUCAAGGUGAAGUGCCUUGAACCGAGCUCUGUCCUCUCCUCGUGCAGCAGCUCAGCCGCUGUGGAGCUGUGUGACUGGAGAGACUUGUGUCCCUGCAGCUUUGCACAGAGCUGUGUCCCCCUUGCAGCAGCCUGUAGUGGUGAUGUUCAUCUUGCAGAGCGGUCGUGAUGGAGAAGGUGACUCUCUUGGUGCUGAGGCUCUUGGCAAAUGGUGCUGUGACCAGCCGGACUGGGGGCAGCUGCUGGGAGAUGCUUCUGCUCUCUUGGUUGGUAGUGGCACCUCUAUUAGCUCCUCUAUGGUGUAUCUUUUGAGCCCUGAAGCUUUGAUGUAGGUUGAGGCAGGUGCUUCUGAGUAAUGCAGAGCUGUCUCGGGGAAGGCAGCGUUGCUCUAGGCAGCAUUACUAACUCACUGGAGUUGGGCUCCAGCCUAGUUUGGGCUUACUGGGUAAACUGGGGGGUGGCUGGCAGAGCUUGUUCCAUACAGCCAGGAUUUGCAGUGGGAAUCGCUGGGCUGUAGCAGCAAGCAGCACCUUCAUUGCAAGCUGUCUGCUCUCCCCUGUGGCCUCUGCCCUGGAGCUCUUGGCUCCAGUGUAGAUCCAGGGCACUGUGAUGGUGUGUGAUCGCCUUCUGGACCCUUGUGGGACCAACUCAGUCCUUCCCAGCUCGCUGAGCACUUUGUCUUCCAUGGCCAUCAGCCACAGAUGGCUCACUGAGCCCCAUGGAUCCCAACCAGGUAACGUACGUGCCAUGCAGGGGGUGAUAACCUUUGGCAUCCGGUGGGUUGUCCGUUAACCAGGCUAAUGGCUAAAGCCACGUCGGUAGCGUAAGGUCUCAGGGGAGGACGCAGUGGUGAGCGGGGCCGUUCUCAGGACACAAAGUGAGGCUGAUAAAGGACAUGUACAAGGUAAA